GCGGGCCGGGCCGCUCGCCGCGCCCGCCGCGCCCCGGGGCUGCGGCCGCCGCCGCCCGCCCGCUGCCAGGUGAAGCGGCGCUCGCUGGGGCGGAGCGCAGCGGGGCAGCCGCCGGCCCGUGGCGGCGGCGGCGGGGCAGGAUGAACAGCUCCGACGAGGAGAAGCAGCUGGAGCUCCUCGCCAGCCUGAAGGACCAAGCUAUUGGCGAAUAUGAAGAGCUUAGAGCAGAAAAUAAGAAAACGAAGGAAGAGUGUGACAAAAUCAAGCAAGAACGAGAUGAGGCUGUCAAAAAGCUGGAGGAGUUUCAGAAAAUUUCUCACAUGGUUAUUGAGGAAGUGAACUGCAUUCAGAACCAUCUUGAAAUUGAGAAGACAUGCCGUGAAAGUGCUGAGGCUUUGGCUUCUAAGCUGAACAAAGAAAAUAAAACCUUGAAAAGAAUUAGUAUGCUUUGUAUGGCCAAACUGGGCCCAGAAAUUAUCACUGAAGAGAUUAACAUUGAUGAGGAUGAGUCAUCCACGGAUACAGAAGCUACCUCUGGAUCAUGCAAUUCUGUGCACUGUCAGCAGCAAAUAAAAGAGCUGCGAGAUCAAAUCGUAUCUGUUCAUGAGGAAAAGAAGACCUUGGCCAUUGAACUGGAAAACCUGAGGUGCAAACUUGCAGAAGUAAUUGAAGAAGUAAAUAAGUUGAAAGAAGAAAAGGCUGUUUUGACGACUGAAGUUAAUAAGCAACAAAAACUGCUGGAGAAAUGUAACAGAGUGUCUGUGCUGGCAGUAGAGGAAUAUGAAGAGCUUCAUGAAAACUUUGAGCUGGAAAAGAACCUGCGGAAGAAGGCAGAGUCAUUUGCACAGGAGAUGUUUAUUGAACAAAACAAGAUGAAAAGGCAGAGUCAGUUGCUUCUGCAAAAUUUUGCUCCUGAUCAACAGCUUUUGAAGGCUUUGGAUGACAAUGCCAAGCUAACCCACACAUUAGAAGAAGAGAGGCUUCAACACCAGCAAAAGAUUAAAGAAUUAGAAGAGCAGCUAGAGAAUCAGUCACUGCAUAAGGAGAUUAGUCGCCUUAAACAGCAACUAGAACUUUUGGAGGAAGAUAAAAAAGAACUGGAGCUGAAGUGUCAGCAUGCAGAAGAAAAAGCUAGGGACCUAAAGCACUCAGUUGAUGAGCUUCAGAAGCGAAUCCAGCAGUCUGAAAAUCCUGCCCCGCCUCCUCCGCCGCCCCCACCGCCGCCUCUCCCUCCUCCUCCUCCUCCCAACCCCAUUCGGUCUCUCAUGUCAAUGAUUCGGAAGAGAUCUCACUCCAACACCAAUGUGAGCAAGAAGGAGAAACCUCCUCAGCAGGAGUCAGCAGGUGAAGAAGUUACAGAUCUGAAGAGGCAAGCUGUGGAAGAAAUGAUGGACAGGAUUAAAAAGGGAGUUCACCUGAGACCAGUCAACCAAUCAAGCAGGCCUAAAACAAAGCCAGAAACACCAAAGCCCUCUGAAAGUGCAAUGAAAGAGCUAAAAGGGAUUCUGGAAACACUGAAUAAAUCCACCAGUUCCCGAAGCUUGAAGUCCCUUGAGACAGACAGUGGUGAAACAGAGCUGGAGCGAGUCCUGCGACGCCGGAAAGUGACCACUGACCAGGACAGUGGCAGUCCCACUGGAAUCUUGGCCACGUCAGAAUCAAAGUCUCUGCCUGUGCUGGGUUCAGGAGCCAGUGCCCCACAGGCAGCACUGGACAAGAAAGAUGUAGAGACAGAUUUCACUUCCAAAGUACCCAACUCAGGUCCUGUCCCCAACCAGCCUAAGGGUGCUACAGGCUCCAAGCCUACUUUACAAUCAACUAGUCACACAGAACUGACAAGAAAAGCUUCUAGCAGCGAAAAAGAGACAGAAUCCGUGGUAGUUUUAGAUCCUGUGUCCACCAGUGGGGAUCAAAUGUCUGAAAAUGCCCUGAACCAGAACAAAGUGAAGGAGGAAAAAAGCAAGCCACUGCAUAAAGAAACUAAUGUUGGGAAAAUAAAAGAAACAGAUAGUUCUAGCUGUUAAUUGUUACUCUGCAAGGCUGUACCUUUUGGGAAUCAUUAUCUGGACAUGUGAAUUGCUUAGGUGUGUUACUAGGGGCCACGGUCUGUACUCCAGACAGAAAUAAUACAGAUUGAAAUGGUCUUUUGUAUGCAGCUUUUGUUACAUGCACUGAAGUGUUAAAUAACUGUGUGUCACUCAAAAUCCCUUUCCCAUUUUAAUUUUGCAGGUAUGGUUAUUAAUUUCUUAGAUUGUGUCAGUUACCUUUAAAAAUGGAUUUGAAGAGGCUUUUUUAACUCUUCUUUUAUUGAGAAGAUGCCUUGUUGAAGGUCUGUUCCAAAGCUUGCCAGAAGCCCCCUGCAUCCCUCUUGAGCUGGACAGGUUUGGGUUAGACCCUGUAAGUGAUAACACCCUCAUCAGCUUCAGGGGGUGUUACUAAUUAUUAAUAAAAAUAUGUUUAGACACAUUGCUCUAAAAAUGUUUUGAUACCCACUUAAACCAAGAUCUUGUUGCUGUCCCCACACAGGGAGGAAAUGAAAAGCACAAGCACAACCCUUCUGUCUCAGAUUGUCAGGGGACAGAGACUGAAAUGCAGAGGCAGUGCAGCAUCUCAUUGUGGUACCAAGAUUUUUGGCAGUGAUAGCCAGAGUCAGGGGUUUGUGGGACUGGUGCUCUCAGUUGGGUUAAAAGCUUUGCAAAGGAGGACUUGCUCCUGAUUUUUCUUUUAAUGUUACACAGCAGCUUUUGGGACUGCUGCAGCUGGAGUCUGUCUUUGUUGCUGCACAAAAAUAACUUGCCUUAGGCUCCAGUGGGUAUGGGCUGCGUUUGGGAUUCAUUCCAGGACUGCAAGUUCUUGGGAAUCAUCAACAUUCUGAGAACUCCCAGCUGAAAGCUCACAGUGCUAACAAAAUGAGCCCUUGCUUUGAACCUGGCACACACUGGUGGCAUUAAUUUCUUUAUUAGGUGACACUUCAGGUGUCUGUAUUUGAUAACACAAAUCCCAGUUUCCCUCAGCCCUUAUUUCCUCUGACAACGGUGAGAUAGGAACAUCAUUGAUUUGCUCCACUGCCAAUUCACAUUCCAUUGUAGUCCCUUUAAAUUCAGCACAGUAUCUCAUUCUUUUGUAAUGAACAAAUGGAAUCAGGGAUUUACCUAAAGAUUGGUGUAACUGAAAUUGGGUGGGCACGUACUUGAAUGCACUUGGAUUCUUUUUUAUUUAAUUAUCUGAAACAGUGAUAGUAUUGAAGGAUGAAUGUUCUGAGUUUGUUGGUUUGGCUCUGCAUGCAACUGUCUGGUGCUUUUCCUAAAAAUAAAAUGAUAGUAAUGAGUGUGGUGGUUUCACAUCUAUUUUGGUGGUUUUUGCAUGUUUGCUACGAAAAUCUUGGACUUGAUCUAAUGACUGAAUUACAUACAGUUCAUAAACUUGUGGAAAUUUGUCUCUCAUUUAUAUUUUUAUUUCUUGGGGGCAGUUGGUUCUGGUUGUUAAUUUUUUACUUAGUUGUCUGUUACACUGAACUUAAAAUGCAAAAUUUCAUAUAUGUAUUUUUUCCUCAAAUUAUUGCUGCUGUAUUAUAUGUUCAGAUUUUCAAAUUAUGCAAAACCCAGAAGUUUUUCAAGAAGCAUUUCUUUUACUUAAACUGUUUUGUUACCUAGAACAUAAAUUAUUUCUUUAACUUUUGUUGCUUAUUAAAAAGACUCCUGACAAGUUUCCCAGA